AUUUUUGACAAACUUUCCAUUUUCAGCCUCAGCUGCCCAGCUUGGCUGCAGGGCAGCUGUGGCUGUCUGUCAGCUUUAGUGCUUCACAGCGCAGGGAGGUAAAAGGGACGCUCUGGGAUUGUUGGUCAGGACGCCACCAAACUGUGUGUAACUUUAAACCCCGGAGGCCAACUGUUACCAGAUUUCCGAAGGGCUUGAUCCUGGAGCAGCAUUUUACAGGAAACGCUGCAAAUCAUUCAGACAUGGAGACUGAACAGUGUAAGGCCACAGAGGACUUCAACACCAAACAACAAGACGAUGCCGAACUGGCCAACGCCAUAAUGUCUCGCCGAUUCCAGCCAAAAUUCUUCAGCUCUGAGACUUGGGAGGGAUACAACUUCUCGGAUCUGAAGAUCAGACUCAAAGAGUCCACUGAGGUUUACGGAGCUGUUCUCUGGCCGUCGGCCAUGGUGCUGUGUCAUUUCUUAGAGACCAACCGAGACAAAUACAACCUGGUAGACAAAAAUGUGAUUGAACUUGGAGCAGGAACUGGCCUCGUCACUAUUGUUUCCAGCCUUUUAGGAGCUAAGGUCACAUCCACAGACCUUCCAGAUGUGCUGGGAAACCUUCAAUACAAUGUAACGCAUAACACCAAAGGCAGAUGCAAAUAUACUCCUCUGGUCACUGAGCUGAUGUGGGGUCAGAAUUUAGAUCAGCGUUUCCCUCGUGCCUCUCACUGUUUUGACUACAUACUAGCAGCUGAUGUGGUGUACCACCACCCUUACCUCGAGGAGCUCAUGGACACAUUUGACUACCUGUGUCAGGAGAACACACAGAUACUGUGGGCCAUGCGUUUCCGCCUCGACCCGGAGAACAGCUUUGUGGAUCGGUUCCAAAAGCGUUUCCAUUUGGAAGAGCUGUAUGACCUCCCCAGUCUGAACAUAAAGCUGUUCAGAGCUUGGAGGAGGUGCAAGUGGACCAGUGACAGCUGACUGUACAGACUUUUUUGGGAUUCAUUGGCUGUUAGUUGGUGCAAGAAAUAACAAGACGCUGAAACUGGACUCCAGACUAUAUUUUUUGGGCAUUCCUCGCACCGACUGUUGCACAGAGCAUAUCACCUUACGCAGUUGAUGGUGUUGAAGAAGCCAGUUCCCACUGUAAACUAAAUAUAUCUAUGUCAAAAAAUGAAUAAACAAAUACAAUUUCCAAAAUUUUCCCCAAA